CUCCCCGGAACCAGCUCGCCGAGGGUCCGCCGCGCCGCCAUGGAUGAGGAGUACGACGUGAUCGUGCUGGGCACGGGGCUCAAGGAGUGCAUCCUCAGCGGCCUCCUCUCCGUCGACGGCCUCAAGGUGUUGCACAUGGAUAGGAAUGACUACUAUGGUGGAGAUUCCACUUCUCUCAACCUUAACCAGCUCUGGAAGAGAUUUAGAGGGGAAGACAAGCCCCCGGCACAUCUAGGCUCAAGCAAAGAUUACAAUGUUGACAUGGUUCCAAAGUUUAUGAUGGCAAACGGGACAUUGGUUCGGACCCUCAUUCACACUGAUGUAACGAAGUAUUUGUCAUUCAAAGCUGUUGAUGGGAGCUUUGUCUUCAGCAAAGGGAAGAUCCACAAGGUUCCUGCGACUGAUAUGGAGGCUCUGAAGUCUCCUUUGAUGGGCCUUUUCGAGAAGCGCAGAGCAAGGAACUUCUUCAUUUUUGUCCAAGACUACAACGAAGCUGAUCCAAAAACACAUCAGGGAUUAGACCUUACUACGCUGACAACUAAAGAAUUGAUAGCAAAAUAUGGUUUAAGUGAUGAUACAGUGGAUUUCAUUGGCCAUGCACUUGCCCUCCAUAGGGACGAUCGUCACCUCAAUGAACCAGCACUUGAUACUGUGAAAAGGAUGAAAUUAUAUUCAGAGUCUCUUGCACGUUUUCAAGGGGGAUCACCAUAUAUUUAUCCGUUAUAUGGGCUGGGUGAGCUGCCACAGGGUUUUGCACGCCUAAGUGCUGUUUAUGGUGGUACUUACAUGUUAAGUAAGCCAGAGUGCAAGGUUGAAUUCGAUAUGGAAGGUAAAGCAUGUGGUGUGACAUCAGAAGGUGAAACCGCAAAAUGCAAGAAAGUUGUCUGUGAUCCUUCAUACUUAACGAACAAGGUUAGGAAGAUUGGCAAAGUUGCACGCGCAAUUGCUAUUAUGAGCCAUCCUAUCCCAAAUACAAAUGAGUCCCACUCAGUUCAGAUUAUUUUGCCACAGAAACAACUUGGACGCAAAUCAGACAUGUAUGUCUUUGGUUGUUCAUACACUCACAACGUGGCACCAAAAGGGAAGUUCAUUGCAUUUGUCUCCACUGAAGCCGAGAGUGAUAAUAUACAGUCCGAACUGAAGCCUGGCAUCGAUCUACUUGGUCCAGUAGAUGAGCUGUUUUUUGAUAUGUAUGACAGAUAUGAACCGGUGAACGAACCAUCUCUUGAUAAUUGCUUCAUCUCAACGAGCUAUGAUGCUACCACACAUUUUGAGACAACUGUGACAGACGUUCUUAACAUGUAUACAAUGAUCACUGGGAAGGCUGUUGAUCUUAGCGUUGAUCUAAGUGCUGCUAGUGCUGCUGAAGAAGAAUACUAGGUUUGAUAAUCAAGAUCCGAUUACUGGUCUGUGACAUACUCAAAAGGGGACACCGCAGGACAAACCAUGACAAAAGGCUUAUCUACUUCAACCCCAGAUUAAACUUGAUUUUGUGGCCAUUGUGUUCUGCAUGCUUGUUGCUAGCAGCAAUGUGAAUUGUUGAAUUAAGACUAUUGAGCUGUGCUGGUUUUAUUUAUUUAGUAUACUUCAGUAAUUAGUGGAUGGUGUAAACAGUGAACUGGGUUGUGCUUUUAUGUAUGUAUCAUAACUGUUCAGUAA